UGUGAGAUAGGUUUCCCCCUUUCAUGCUAUUGUGUAAUUUCCCGUAAGUCAAGAGAGAAAUUUUGAAGGCUUUAAAACCCUAAUAGUUCUGACAGUUAUCCACUGUCAGUUACCGUUACAUUUCUCCCUGCUCAGAUCAACCACUUAGCCGCCACAGUUGAAGCUUAUCAAUUUUGCAUAAAUAUUACGGGGCUUGGUUUACGAUGAAGAAAAUGAUAGCUCUUGGUUUUGAGGGAUCUGCGAACAAGAUUGGUGUUGGGGUUGUAACGUUAGAUGGAACCUUUUUAGCAAAUCCACGUCACACCUAUAUUACACCACCUGGGCAUGGAUUCCUUCCUCGAGAAACUGCCCAACACCAUCUUCAACACAUUCUUCCUCUCAUCAAAUCUGCUUUGGAAACUGCUGGAAUAACCCCAAAUGAAAUUGAUUGCCUUUGUUACACCAAGGGUCCAGGCAUGGGGGCACCUUUGCAAGUUUCUGCUAUUGUUGUUCGGGUUCUUUCACAACUGUGGAAAAGGCCUAUUGUUGCUGUCAAUCACUGUGUGGCACAUAUUGAGAUGGGGAGGAUUGUGACUGGAGCUGACGAUCCUGUUGUCUUGUAUGUUAGCGGUGGAAAUACACAGGUUAUUGCGUAUAGUGAAGGGCGGUAUCGGAUAUUUGGGGAGACUAUUGAUAUUGCUGUGGGAAACUGCUUGGAUCGUUUUGCUAGGGUCUUAACUCUUUCCAAUGAUCCAAGUCCUGGAUAUAACAUUGAGCAGCUGGCGAAGAAAGGAGAAAAGUUCAUAGACCUUCCUUAUGUUGUCAAAGGGAUGGAUGUCUCAUUUAGUGGGAUACUGAGUUACAUCGAAGCCACUGCCGAGGAAAAGCUCAAAAAUAAUGAGUGUACUCCUGCAGACUUGUGCUAUUCCCUGCAGGAAACCUUGUUUGCAAUGCUUGUGGAGAUUACAGAACGUGCAAUGGCACAUUGUGAGAAAAAAGAUGUUCUUAUUGUUGGUGGCGUGGGCUGUAAUGAGCGUUUGCAAGAGAUGAUGAGAACAAUGUGCUCUGAACGUGGUGGAAAGCUUUUUGCAACCGAUGACAGGUACUGCAUUGACAAUGGAGCGAUGAUCGCAUACACUGGUCUCCUUGAAUUUGCUCAUGGCUCAUCAACUCCAUUAGAGGAAUCUACAUUUACACAAAGGUUUAGGACCGACGAAGUGAAAGCAAUCUGGAGAAUAAAAAAGGAGUCAGCUUGCAAGAACAGUCUUAUGGAGGAAAGCAAUUAAAUCAGGAAGAUUCCUUUGUAUUGUCUUACCGGCUUGACUGGCAGUCGUUUAACCAUGCAUGUUCAUUGAAAGUGCUGUAAAUUCAUGUUAUACCGGUCAUUAUAAGAUUUCUGUAUUUAAUUGUAUGUACUAUAGAUCUUCAAGUUCUGUUUUAUCAUAUUGAACAUUACUUGGUAGUA